AUUCGCUCCCUCGCCCUACGUCAGCAUGUUAUCUAAGGCAGUAAUCUGUGCUCUCCUCGCGGUGGCGGCCGCGGCGCCGCAGGGCUACCGCGUGCCCACUCCCGCACCCACCUACGGCGGCGGCCCCGUCGUGCCCAUCCUCGUGGACGACCGCCAGGGGCCCGAUCAGUUCGGCAACUACAACUUCAACUUCGAGACUGGCGACGGCAUCAGCCGCCAGGAGCAGGGGCGCCCCCAGGGCGAGCUCGGCGCCGUGGCCUCGCAGGGCGGAUGGAGCUUCACCUUCCCUGACGGCAGUCCCGCGGUGUUCAGCUUCGUCGCCGACGGCGCUGGCUACCAGCCCCAGUCCGACCUGCUGCCCACGCCCCACCCCCUCCCCGCCCACGCCAUCGCCCAGAUCGAGAAGGCCCGCCAGGAGGACGCCCUCGGCGCCAACCGGCCCCCUCCGCCCCGGCAGGAGCUAUGGCCUUCCAUAAGGCGGUUCACCUGAUUGAGCGACCAACACGUGGCCGACCGAUCCGAGACAAGGAAACUCUGUGGCGAAGAAUGGCAUUUACGUAAUUUAUUCCCUGCUUUUAUAUGUUAUAUUUUUAGAAAAUUAUUUAAUAAACAUAUUCAUACAUA